AUGGAUCCACCAUGGAGAGUCACCACAACUUUAAAUUCUGGUUCAUCACUGAUUCCACCUAAAGAAAUAUCCCAGGAAGUUACAUCAACCUCCCAACCAUCAUCCUCCAAAGUACAAAACCUGGAUCUCAUUAACUUAAACCUCAAUCCAGAUAGCAACUACCUCACUCCUCUACCAGAGGAACUGUGCCAACAGCAGUACAGAGAUGAGAUGACGCAACAAGAGAGGCAGUGGGAAAUGUCAGUGUUCCCUCAGAGGAAAAAGACAUUCAUGGAGAACAUGAGACAGAAAACCCUCAAUCACAUGGCACCUUAUCGGAUUGAAAAGGAGGGAAAAAUCUCGUCUUCACACGUUAAAGAUCAUAAUAAAUGUAAAUGUCGUCACUGCCAGAGCCAAAGGGAGCAUGUUUCUGGAAACCCUAAAGGGCAGAAUCCAUCUUCUUGGAAAAUGCUGGUGCAGGACCUUAGCCACUUGAACCUCAGCUCUGAUACCAGACAGGCCAGCUGUCUACCAGAAGAGCUGCCAUAA